AUGGCAUUCAGGAGACAAGUGAAAAACUUUGUGAAAAAUUAUUCAGAUGCUGAAAUAAAAGUCAGAGAAGCAACUUCUAAUGACCCUUGGGGUCCUUCUAGUUCUCUGAUGUUAGAUAUCAGUGGCCUGACUUUCAACACAAUUUCUCUGUCAGAGAUUAUGAAUAUGCUGUGGCAGAGACUCAAUGAUCAUGGGAAGAACUGGCGCCAUGUGUAUAAAUCCCUGACACUCAUGGAUUAUCUCAUCAAGAAUGGAUCAAAGAAAGUUAUUCAGCAUUGCAGAGAAGGGUUUUGUAACAUUCAAACCCUAAAGGAUUUUCAACACAUAGAUGAAGCUGGAAAAGACCAAGGUUAUUAUAUCCGGGAAAAGUCUAAGCAAGUCAUAACGUUGCUGAUGGAUGAACAGUUGCUGCAUAGAGAGAGGGAAGUAGCAUGUCGGACAAGACGGCGUACCUCCUACUCUAUGACAUUUCCUAAAAGAUUACCUGGUACAGCUAACUCACCAACAGCAUGUGCUUCUGCCCACACACCAGAAAUUUCUGCUUCAGAGAAGAAACGUAAGCUUCUUAAGGUUGCAAGGCUACAUAAUAAAAAAAACGCUUCCAAGGCAGGAUUGAAACAAGAGCAGUGCCAAGACAUUCAGUUGCCUAGUGGAACCAUGUUGUCCCAAGAAACACUACCAGUCAAGAUUAAUUCUUGGAAAUCCACAGAGGACCUGAUGUUAUUUUAUGAGGAUGACCCAAAGCCACUUUUGCCGACAGUCCCUCCUUCCAUUAUCUCAUCAACUAUAUCAUCAGAAGGGCCAGCAGACGUUUGUAACCUCUGGGAUGCAGAUGCUGUGCCUACCCCCUCAGAAAAGAGCCCAUCUCUGCAGACAAAUGUGAGUUUGGACAAGAAAUCAGACAGUACCAUUACGAAUAUUGUAACCAAAAACCCUUUGCACAUACGUCUAGAGAAGCAGUCAGCUGCAAAAAGUUUCGAAACAUUGACAACUUUACCAUCGUUUUGGUCAUCAGAUAAAGAAGAGUUUAUCAGCCCUAAUUUAAGGAUGUCAAAAUCAGAUUCUACUUUCUAUAACCAGGCCUCUGUAGAGACACUCUAUGUCUCUCCCUCAUUUAAAACAUUUGACCCAGUGAAGGAGAUUAUAAGUAAUAAGGACUUUCAGAAGCCAACACAAUCCAGCAUUUUUCAGAUGGAUGAGGAAAACCUCAAGCCUGUGACCACAUGGGUUUCGACCGUCUCUGAAGGAACAUCCUCCUUUUCUACGUUUUCUGUGUCCCCUCCUAAUUCAGCCUCUCCAGAGAAGUCUAUUCAUCUCUUACCCCCGAUUUUGGCUGGACCUUCCUUCUGGACUCUGUCCCAUCCACAGUCUUCAUAUGCUUUAUUUAAAGAUGAAGAUGAGACAGCCAGGGCUCAUUACCCCUUAGCUCCUAGGGGACUAGUGUCUUCUGAUGAAGAGGAAGUUGACAAUCUCAAUUUACUGGAAUGUCUUCCAAAUAACUCUGAGUCUGCCAAGAAGCAGACAAGUCCUGCUUCUGGCAGUAAUUGGGAAAAGUUUUCCACCCUAAAUGUAGACCACUUCACUUCUAUGUCCUGUCCAAGUUUUCAGACAACCAAAGGCCUGCUGAAGGAACCUGAAGCCAACAGUUCCAUUAAAGUUAUCCUGGGGGAGAUGAAAAAUGCCAUAGUCAAACUACACGAAGACCUGAGCAUGGUGAUACGAGAACUUCAUGUCAUCAAUAGCCAUCUGAUGAGCAUGAGUGGGAAUAGUCAGUCACUAAGCAAAUCAUAGCUUCCUCAGCCUU